AUGGCGCCCAAAAAGCCUGCUGCGACGGCUGAAGUGGCACUUGUGCCCCUGAAGAAUUGUCUUGUGAACCUACCGCCAUCACUGGUUUCCUUGCUGGUCAAUGCAAACACGGCUGCUCAGAAUGUGAUAAUUGAGUUACAGUACAAGUCAACCUCCCCAAAGGCCAAUGGAGCUCCGCCCCAGCAGUCAUGCUUCCUUGGCUGGACGGGUAUGCCAAGCAAGCGCAGGCUUGCGCCGGUCGUUGGAAGGGACGGAAUCAACAGUGGAGCAUCCAGAGAGCAGGAAAUAUCCACUGUUGAGCUCGACACUACUUUCGGGCGGCUUCUUGGUCUGGCCGACGGCCAGAAGGUCGGGCUAUUCAUCCACCUUGACCCACCCGUUGCGCAUACAAUUAACAUUGAGCCACUGACACCGGAAGACUGGGAGAUCAUCGAACUACACGCCACAUUCUUGGAACUCAACCUCCUGUCUCAGAUUCGGGCUUUGCCCAACCCCACAUAUACUGCAGCGCAAACCGAGCAUAUGCAUCCACUCGCAUUGCAUCUUUCUCCCACAUCCACCGCUAAUAUUGUCGUUACUUCUCUCACACCUCCGCCUUCGAACACGUCCCCGUUUGCCAAGAUUGCUCCGGAUGCUGAAGUUAUAGUGGCCCCGAAAGUGCGAUCAAAGACAAGCAAGUCCUCGCGCGGCGACACUCGUAGUGUCUCCGGAAAUUCCCGGAAGAGCGCCGGGGGAAGAAGCGCCUCAAGCACAGUCCGUGGGAAGGGUGGCAGAUCGGACUCCAGCACCCGAGGCUCUCUCUAUCUCAGAGGCCUUGAUCGCUCGGCAACCGCCCAGCACUUUGAUGCAGAUAUAGAAGAUGACUUAAACGAAGGUCUUCGCGUCUGGGUUGAUCCCGACUUGUUGGCAAGCCAUGAACUCCGCGGAGCAACCUGGGCCUGUGUUUCAGUUGUCCAACCAUCCGGUCUCAAGCCUCCACCAGACCCCCAACAGCAGCUUGCUCAGGCGGAACAGCAAAAGGCCAGUGAUGCCGGCUCUCCUUCUUCCAAACUUGUCGCGAAGCUGCUUCCUUGGGAGGAAGCCCCAGACAACCGGCAUGCGGCGAUGUCCACCUUAUUGUGCACGGCCCUUGGCGCGGAAAGUAUGGUGGGUGGGAUCGUUCGAAUUGAGGCGGCUCCCCCACAGCUGCAUCGAUCAGCAGUGAAGACUCUCAAGGUCUAUCCCUUCAUCGGGGAUGCUUCAAAGAAGAAAGAUGGGCUGAAGUUCGGCGCUGAUACUGCUGCAUCUCGGGACGCUUUGGCAGAGCGCCUAAAAGUCAUAUAUGGCAGCACUGGUUCUGACAUUGGGUUGUUUUCCGGGCCUUUGACCGACGGUAUGAUUUUACCAAAGGCUGAAUAUCAUCCAUCUGUCUCCUCAUUUGAUGGCGCUAUCAUCAGAUUCGACCCCCCGCUGAAAGGGGCACCCGAAGAAGCAAAAUCGAUGUUCGGUUGGCUACUGGGCUCAGAAGCAAAGCUGAACCUCGAGGUUCAGGCUGAAGUGCCCAAGCCUUUAGACACGAGUUUGUCUCUGUUACCCCUGGAAGAUCCUCUCCCAGAGGAAAUUCCUCAAUUGGUAGGGAUCGAUUCCAUCAUCGAGCAAUCAUUGAACAACCUAACCAAAUCCUCGUCGAUUUUGCUCACCGGUGGCCUCGGUGCUGGAAAGACGGCUCUUUCCCAGCUAUUGGCUCAUCGCAUGAGACGUGAUCAUCUGUCAAAUGUGAAAUAUUUCUCUUGCCGCAAGCUCGUCACAGAUGAGACACGGAUCUCCAAUAUCAAAGAGGUUCUGAAUCGUCUUUUCAUGUCUGCGGCAUGGUGCGCACGCCUUGGUGGUCAAUCUGUUGUGAUUCUCGACGACCUAGACAAGCUUUGUCCAAUGGAGACCGAGUUGCAAGUGGGAGGUGACAACGGCCGCAGUCGACAAAACAGUGAGGUUAUCUGCUCCAUGGUACGAGAAUUCUGCGCUUUGAACUCAUCUGUGGUGUUGCUGGCCACUGCUCAGGCCAAGGAAUCUCUCAACAACGUUAUCAUUGGUGGUCAUGUUGUUCGUGAAAUCAUCAGCAUGAGGGCGCCCGACAAGGAAGGACGCCGCAAAGUUUUGGAAAAGCUCACGAGCCAGGAUAAACCCGUUGAGGGUCUCAAUGGACAUGCGAGAGCAGAAAGUAAUUCGACGCAGGACUCCUGGCUAGAUCCCUCGAACCCUGGGAGUCGCCCCAGCUCUUCCGGGGGUGAUGGAUUUGUCAUUGGAAGAGACGUGGAAUAUCUGGAGUUGGCAGGCAAAACUGACGGGUACAUGCCCGGUGAUCUUGUUUUGCUUGUAGCUCGAGCGCGCAACGAAGCCCUCAUCCGUUCUGUAUCAGACUUGGCGUCGACGUCAAAGAUGAUCACCCUCGGACUGGAAGAUUUCGAAAGCGCUUUGAAAGAUUUCACCCCGGCAUCCCUUCGCAACGUGACCUUAACAUCCUCAACCACAACCUUCUCCUCUGUUGGUGGUCUUUUCGAGACUCGCAAGAUGCUCUUGGAGACAUUGCAGUAUCCCACCAAAUAUGCCCCAAUCUUCGCACAAUGUCCGUUGCGACUGCGAUCUGGGUUACUUCUCUAUGGGUUCCCCGGUUGCGGUAAGACAAUGCUUGCCAGUGCAGUCGCUGGCGAGUGUGGCUUGAACUUCAUCAGUGUCAAGGGUCCCGAGAUUCUGAACAAGUACAUCGGAGCCAGUGAAAAGAGUGUUCGCGAUUUGUUCGAGAGAGCCCAAGCCGCCCGUCCUUGUGUUCUCUUUUUCGACGAGUUUGACAGUAUUGCACCUAAACGUGGUCAUGACUCUACGGGUGUUACGGACCGUGUUGUCAACCAGCUGCUGACACAAAUGGAUGGUGCAGAAGGCUUGUCAGGCGUCUAUGUGCUGGCAGCAACCUCGCGCCCUGAUUUGAUCGACCCUGCCCUCUUGCGCCCCGGACGUCUGGACAAGUCACUUCUUUGUGACAUGCCAAACCACGAAGAUCGUGCUGACAUCAUUCGCUCCGUGAGCGAGAAACUGAAGAUGAGUGAUGAGGUGGCCUCGCGUCUUGAUGAUAUUGCUGCCGAGACAGAAGGAUUCUCUGGUGCAGACUUACAGGCAGUCGUAUACAACGCCCAUUUGGAGGCAGUCCACGAUGCUCUGGGUGAUCGCACUACUGAUACGGCCAAACCAGGCGCCAAAUCCACGACCACCAAGGGCUCCGCUCAUGCCUCUUCCAAAUCCUUCAUCCAAUUCCUGUAUUCCUCAUCCGAGGAAGCAUCUGGAUCAGUCUCUAUGCCGCCCCCGGCGGUUAUCUCAGCUAAGCUAGAAGCAAUCAAGAACUCGCGACGCCGUCAGCGUCAGCUCGAGCAAGGGUCUGCCGGGUCUAAUCCUGCUGGGCCCGUGACCAAUGGCACCGAGCCAGCGGAGGAUGAGCUGCAUGAGGACAUCAUUGUCCGCUGGGAGCAUGUUGAACGGUCCUUGAACACCACGCGCUCGUCCCUCAGCGCGCCAGAACGUAGGCGUCUCCAGGGUAUCUAUCGGGAGUUCAUCGCUGGCCGCAAUGGUGAGAUGCCUAAUGGCGAGGCAGCCAACGAGAUUGGAGGCCGAACUAGUCUGAUGUGA